AUGAAUUCUUAUAGAAGUGCACUACGGAUAUCUUCUUCUUCAUCGAAUGAAGAGUCUACACCUACAAUUGACUUGAUUGAAUAUUCCAAUGAAGAUGCUGGAACAACAUUAUCGACAAAUCGAAUGUUUUUCAAUUCUGAAAGAAUUAAAAAUCUUUUGUUGAAUGAAAGACAAAAGUAUCGAGUCAUAGAAAAUAAAACACCAUCCAAAGCUGAAUGGUGGAGAUGCUUUGGCUUUCCAGCUAUACUGAACAAUUCAAAUACAUUCGAAAGAAUUCCCGGUUUUAUUAGUUGCUUUAACUGUAUGCAUACUCAAGCAUAUAGUAACACCAGUGGUACAAAACGUUUCAAGGAACAUGCGGAUAAAUGUUCGCCGAAAUCCAAUUUACCUGCAAUGUCUUCAAUUACGAUAAAUUCAUCUUCAGUCAAUAGCGAUGCAUCAUUAUCUAACCUUGAUUUGCCAUCUCUUAGACUGUCAUCACCUUCGUCAACAUUGAAUCAAACAGAAUAUUCGCACUCGAAGAAGAUUAAUGAAAAUGACAAUAAAGGAAUAAAAAGAUUAUGUGUGGAAUGGAUUUGUGGUUCUAUUAGACCUUUCGGUAUAAUAGAUGAUGAUGGAUUAAGAAAAUUAGUUCAAGAAUGUAUUCGUAUAGGUUGUAUUUAUGGAACAAUCGAUGUUAAUCAUAUUUUUCGUGGUGAACCAACGUUCUCUCGUAACAUUUUUUCCAUUGCCGAUGAUUUACGUAGAAGAGUGAAAGAAAUCAUAUCGUUCCCUUUACAACAACGUUCGUUGACCAUCUGUCCUAAUUACUGGACCGAUAAUUACAAGAAAACUUCCUAUUUGACAGCGACAAUAACAUUUAUUGAUAAUGAAUACACAUAUGAAUCAAUUGAUCUUUUCUGUCAACCAUUCGAAUUCAAGAAGAAAACACCUGAAUCAACACUCGCUGCAUUCUACAAAAAUUUGGAACCAUUUGGUAUUUUAUCUUUAUGCAAUGUGAAUAUAAUAUGUGACUGUGGAUCGAAUUUUAUCUGUGCUUUUAACAGCUUGAGUCCAGUAUUCUGCUUUGGUCACAGGCUGAACGACAUCCUUAAAGUUUCUUUUUUUCAAAGUAAAAAGAAAAGAUCUAAUGAUACAAAUUCCGUUUCAAAUGAAAUUGUCAUUGGUUCACGAAAUACAACACAAACUUUUCGUACUGCCACUUCAACUAAUGAAUCUUCAUCUGACGACGACGACGACGAUGAUGACUAUGAUAAUGAAUCAGAGGAUAAUUACUUUCUGGUUAAAACCGCUUUUCCAGUUGAUCAAAGAAAAACAAUGAAAGAAAAGUCAAUGAAUAAUAUUUCACUCAGUAGUCCAGUACAAUCGCCCACCACAAAAAUCACAGUUGACCAAACUCCAGCAUGCGCAAGGCGCGUUUUAUCUACUUUGAAGCAAUGCAGAAGAAUUAUGAAAUAUAUUAAAAAGGUUGGGAUCGAUUAUGAGAAAGGAGAGAUGGACGAUCGAACGAUAGUUAGAUGGCUGUCGAUGUCUGAUCUUUUGGAAAGUUUUUUGAAAAAGUUUCCAGCAACGAAACGAUUUCUAUUAGCCCAGAAAAACCAAGCCUUAAUGAAUGAUUUAGACGAAAGAACAAUCAAGCAAUUGAUACUGGUGUUGAAACCUUUUAAACAUAUAAUGACGGUAAUUCAGACUGAUAAACGACCAUCUCUCUACAUGGUUUUAUUAUGUUCAAUAACAUUGAAAGAAGCAUUGAGUUCGUAUAAAUCAUUACUCGAAUACAAAAGAAAUUAUUGCGACAAAGAGAACAACAGUCGUGAUAUCGACAUGACAGAUGAAGACGAAGAAUUCGAAUUGGAAGGUAUUACAUGGUUCAGAGAGCGAAUUUUGGGUUUAUUAAAUGAUCUACUGGUUCUCGACGUUCGUCAUUAUUGUGCCACUAUGUUGCAUCCUAAAUAUCGUUCACUGAGAGGAUGUUCAAACGAAGAACGAUUUCAAUGUCAACAAUAUAUUCGUCAGCAAUUACAAAUAUUUCGUAAUGCAUUACCAAAAACAGUUGUAGAAUAUCCAACUGCACAGACGACAAAACGAUUGAAAAUAGGCACUGAUUUAUUUAGUCGUUUUGUAGCAGAAAGCUCAUCUGAUGUGGAAACAUAUACAGAUGCCGCGAGUGGUUAUGAAAGUGAUGAAUGUUCAAUGCAAACUAAAAAGCUAGAUGAACUGGACAAAUAUCUUGCAAUGCAAAUCAAUAAAUCAGUGUUAACUGAAAAUCCUUUGGAUUUUUGGAAAUCUCAUUCCGAAACAUUUCCAUUAUUAUCAAAAGUAGCUAAACAGAUAUUCUCGAUCCCAGCCAUAUCGACUGGAGUUGAACGUCAGUUUUCUAGCGCGGAAUCGGUGAUAAAUCAACGCCGACUAAAUAUUAAUCCAGAACAAGUUGAGAAUAUACUUCUCAUACGAUCAUUAUUGAAACUGAACUAA